ACGGCAGACGCGGAAGCAGCGCUGGAGUUGCGAUCAUUCCCACAGCAAGGGGCUGGUGUUUGGUGGACUUAGAGCAGGGGGAACUAUCGGAGCUGCAGGCAUAGCGGUCAAAUGCAGCAAUGUGAACCCACAGCAAAACAACGGCCUGCAACCCGCAGGUUAAUGGGCCGACAGCCGUCCUUCGUCGCUUCCUCUGUACACGAUCUCGAUGCGAGGCAUUGGAAAUGGUGCGUGUGUACGACUGCCACGUUCUCCUCUCAGCAGAUCGUCCCGGCCGAACACGAGCCGGACUCUGUCUGCUGCGGGAAAGACACUCUCUUCGUCUUCUCCUCUGGGUGUAAAGUGGCGACGUUCAGCGUUGCCCACAACGGAUGCGAGCCCAUCUGCACGUUCUCCACUCUCGGGAAAGUCCAGAAAAUCACAUACAGCGACAGAGGAAAUUACCUUGCGGCAAUUGAAGAGAACAACAAGGUCCUCUCUCUCCAUGUCUACUUGAAUUGGAGAAGAUGCCAGACGAGGGAGAUCUCACGAGUCAGCAUCCGGAUGGUGGGACACGCGCUGCAGGCUCCAUUUAUCGGAGCUCCCAAGGAUCAAUUGGAAAUUAUAGAGGUGCCACUAUCAGAGCCUCCCGUCUCCAUUGCCUGUUGCCCGGUGAAGGGGGAUCUAAUAGUCGGAUGUCAAAAUAAGGUGGUGUUGUUCCGCUUGAAGGAAGGGCUAGCGGACGGCGAAAGCCCAGUGUUGGACUUUGAGCGAUUCCUCAUUGUGCACGUCGCUCUGGAGCUGCUAGAAGUGGCCUUCUGCAAUGGCUGCUUGGCUCUGGUGUCAGACUUGGAGGUGCUGGUGUUGAAACUGCAGAAUGUCCAAGAUAUGGAGAGUGAGAGGCAGCCGCAGAUCCCUCCAAAAGUCUUGCCGCCCAACAAGGAAAUGUACGGAGAAGACAACAAACCUGCAGAAGCAGAUUCUCUGAGCCAAGGACAGGAUGACUUUGUCCUCUUUCAGGGCCCCUUGGAGCUACUUGGUGAAGAUGCGUCUGGAUCUGGAGUCAUAAUCAGCUUAGAAUGCACGGGGACGGAGGGUUUGAAUACCGAGCCACAGGAUUGCUUGCACUUCCAGCAGAUUCUGUACAGGCGUUUCACACCAGAUCUAUCCCAUAUUUACUUGGACGAGAAAACUUCGCUGCACUCUCUACAGCUCCUCCCAAUAUUCGCUGCAGGGGACUCUGAAUCGAGCAGUUCCUCAGGGAGUAAGGAGAAACGAACAAUCAGCCUCUUCUGCUUCUUUUCAUUGCCGCACAAGGGCUACCUGUAUUCGGUGGGCAAUAUGGUGCAGGAGCUCUCUGCCUACAGUUACCCAGAGAAGGCCAAACAAGCGGUGCUGAGUUCCCAGCUCUUACACGUCAUUACCAGGAAUCACUUGCUGUGCUACAGUGUCAGGUGCAGUGCUGUAGCUGCUCGAGAUGUCGAUCCAGAGAUUGACACUAACAACAAGGCUUGUCCACCAUUCUUCCUGCCUGUGUCUGCCCUGCGUAUGCAACUCUUCAUCGGGCUGAGAGCUGUAUGUCAUUCCAGGAACCACUUGAUAUUGCUGGCCAAGGCCGAGGUCAAUGCUCCAGACAGGCAGACUGAAUCCAAAAAAGGAUUACCUCAAAGGUCAAGAACUGUUAAUAACGCACCUCCAGCUACCGCAAAUUCCGGGUGGAAUCUAUACUGCCUGCAAGUGAUUCCAACAGUUCACCUGUGCAGGGAGAUGGUGGAGUACAGCCUGAAGUACAAGACCUGCAGUCCGCAGAGUUACGCCCACUUGCUGAGUGAGGCCCACCUCAUCCUAAAGGCUGCUAUUCUGGAUCCUGACCUGGGCCAAAGCGACAGCAAGGAAUUACUAUCAGCAUUCAGGGAGAACUGCCUGCAACUGGGCGACUGCUUCAGUCAGUUUGAGGUGGACGAUUUUCACUUAACUCUCCCGUACUAUAAGAUGUCAGGCAAAUCACUCAGUGACCUCAUCAGCCGAAUACCUUUAUGGGAAAAUGAACCUCAGAAAUUUGGAAAAGGAUUUAUGUACUUCUUAAAGCAUUUAGUCUAUGAAGAAAUUGAAGAUCCACUUAGUGCAGAAAUGGCAAACCAGGUUUUGCAAGUGUUCAAGCUGACGGAACCAACCCAAAUUCCCCACGCCCUGUGCAGCCCCUGCAUGAGAAACGUGUGCCUGAGAACAGCCUGGGACCACCUGGAGAGACUGGACUCCAUCAGGCAGUCUCCCCUGGUAUCACUUACCAAAGCAACGGUGGCGCUAAGAAUUGAAGACCAGCACAAAUACCACAAGGCCAUGAGGCGAUACCCAGAGAUGAGAUUGGUUACCGGAUUUGUGGAAGAACCCAAUCUCGUGCGACAUCACGGCGUUGUGGCAACGGACUUGUCCCGAGAGCUGGAGAGAACGCAGCCGGGCCUCUUGGUGGUUGCAUUCGUAGCUCUACUGAAGAGUGACAAAAUCACCCUCGAUGAGGCUGACUUGUUCUUUAAGGGUCUCUGUGGUCGAGACAACAAAAUCGAUGAGGCAGAGACUCCACAGGUGCUGGUCGACUUCUGGGAAGCCACGUUGAUAUCCUUCACUGAGGAAGUGGUGACCGAGCGUCUCCUGAUGAAACUGGUGUCGGUGUAUCUCCAGAGGACAGCCCGGAAACUAAAUCCUGACCAGAAACCGCUCAAGACAGUGGAGGAACUGAUCAAUUCGUGUGGUCAUUUCAAGAAGAUUUAUCCAUGGAUCCACAUCAUCAAUGAAUCCAGUUCCCAACUACCUUCUGAAGAUCUGCAGAAAUUGCAGUCCAUUUUGUGCGGUUCUUCGAUCGACAUAACAUCAGUUCUUCAUCUUCUGCAACAACUCCCCGAUGACGAUGCUGCUGGUCUAAGUAUCCGUGCACUGUGUGACACCAGGCUGGGUAAAUGUGAGCAAGUUACUGACCUGCUGCUCGACAGAUGUCCAGAAGCACUUCUAUCAUUUGCCGCGUGUGAGAUGCAGCAGGGAAACCAGCCUCUGUGGUGGAAGAAGCUGUUGCCAGAACUUUGUGAAAGGACAAGAGGACCUGGAGGAGCAAAUCAAAUCCUGGUGUCUUCACUGCAAGAGACCCUGGCAGUGGUGGCUAGCGUUCUCCCUCCUCUGGAUUUCCUGAGGCUGCUGCCAGAUGACGGCACUGCCUCGUUUUUCCUACCUCACCUCCUGGAGUGCAGCAGGAAGAGUUCAAUCAGCUGACCCAUGGCCCGCGUAGGGCAGGGCGAGGAUGUGCCGUGGUCUGACCUCGGCAGCUCUGGAAGGAAGGGCGUUAUUUUGCCUCAAUUCUGGCACUGGAGAUAACAGCAGGCUGGAGGGUGCAGACUAGAGCUGUGAAUAUCAGCCCAACACUAUCACUGACAGGCGUAGAAAGCCUCGCUGCAAACUUAGUCAUGUGAAGUUGCUGCCUUACUCCCUGAUCACAUCGCGUGUCGGAGUAGAAAUUCACAGCAUCGUGGCAGUGUACACAAUCUGCUCACUCACACUCUCUUGUGACAAUCCACGCUAUUCAACAGCAGUAUUAAUGAACACUCAAGCAAGGAUCGAGUGCCAGUGGGUCAGAGAAUCUUUUGCAAAACUUCGCUGGAGUUUCUAUUUUUAGCCAAUCUGAAUGCUGAAUAUAUCGCCAAAUACCACAUAGUGCCAUUGGCGGCACAGUGGCGCAGCUGGUAGAGCUGCUGCCUCACAGCACGAGAGACCCGGGUUCGAUCCUGACCUCGGGUGCCGUCUAUGUGGAGUUUGCACGUUCUCCCUAUUUCUGCAUGGGUUUCCCCUGGGUGCUCCAGUUUCCACCCACAUCUCAAAGGCAUGCAGGUUUGUAGGCUAAUUGGCCUGUGUAAAUUCACCUUAGUGUGUAGGGAAUGGAUGCGAAAGUAGGAUGAUAUAGAACUAGUGUGGGCAGAUGAUCGAUGGUCAGCAUGCACUCGGUGGGUUGAAGGGCCUGGUUCCAUGCUGUGCAACUUUUAAACAAUCAAUCUGCUGUAAAAGAGCCGCAAAGUGCUGGAUUAACUCAGUGGGUGAGGCAGCAUCUCUGGAGAACAUGGAUAGGUAUCCAUGUUCCAUGUUCUCCAGAGAUGCUGCCUGGCCCACUGAGUUACUCCAGUAUCUUGUGUCCCUUUUUUUGUAAACCAGCAUCUGCAGUUCCUUGUGUCUAGAAUCAAUCUGCUCACUCCUUUCUCUGGAGUAAGUUUUUUUUUAAAUUUUGUCCAAUAAGCCACUGUCACGACAUUCCCUUCCUUGAGGAAUCUACCAUGUUGAAACCCAAACGGGUCAUUGCAAGACACUUUCCUUUGGGCUCUGUCAGAAGGACUGGGUGACAAACAUGGAACGUAGAACACAGGAACAGGCCCUUCGGCCCACAAUGUCUGUGCUGACCAUAAUGCCAAUUCAAAUCAGUCCUAUCUGCCUGCACAUGCUGCCACUUUUCUGCAGAGUGCUAUGGAUUGCUGAAGAUUAUUAUCUCACUCCUCCCUACACCAACCUCGUUAAGUCUCUGCCUGGCCGGGUUCAUUGUGUUCCAGUGACCUUGAGGUUAACUGAACCAUUGAGUCUCUUUUCAUCAUUUUGUGUAUUUAACCUGUUAUUUAUUUAAGCUGUUGAUAUUUCACCAUGUUUCUGUUGGUUCCAGAGAUCGACCUUAUUUGAAGCCAGUAACCUUUUACCAAGAAAGCGAAAAACAUAUUUUUUAGAUUAGUAAAGUGAUACUGCAUAUAUAUUAAUGCAUAAAGUAUUAAUACUAUUAUAUUUUACUGGUGGUACUCAUGUAAUCCUGGUGGACUAAUUAGUUCACAAACCUGUUGCUAGGUGAACGUUGAGAAGAGUGUGCAAUAAAAUUCAAUAACCAAAAA